AUGCUGGUCGACAACAACAACGUCGCCCGCAUCGACCACGAUACCCGCGAAAAGCUCAUCGAAAAGUUUGGCGACCGCUUCGACGAGGUCGUCGAGAGGAGUGCCCGCAGCACCAAGUGGCAGACCGCCUCGUCGCUGCGUGAGAGCUUCAGGCAGUGGCCCAAGUCGGUGGUCUGGUCGGUGCUCUUCUCGCUCGCCAUUGUUCAAAUCGGUUACGAUUCUUCGAUCCUCUCCUCCUUCUUUGCUCAGCCCGCUUUCACCCAAAAGUUCGGCGAAUGCACGCUCGCCGAUGAUGGUACGCAGAACUGCCAGAUUUCGGCGCCUUGGCAGCAGGGUCUCACCAACGGUGCCUGGAUCGGCAGCAUCAUUGGUCUCCAGCUCGCAGGCAGCGUCGCCGAGCGAAUCGGCCACCUUCGUCUGAUGAUGAUCAGCACCACCCUCAUGCUCUCCUUCGUGUUCAUACCCUUCUUCGCCACCAGCCUUCCCAUCUUCCUCGUCGGUCAGAUCCUCAUGGGUAUCCCUUGGGGUGGUUUCCAGUCGCUCGCUUCCGCCUACGCUUCCGAGAUCUGCCCCGUUUCGCUCCGACCUCUGCUGACGACCUACGUCAACCUGUGCUGGGUGUUCGGUCAGCUGCUGGCUGCUGGUGUGCUUCGUGCCACCGUCGUUCGCAGUGACGUCUGGGCUUGGAAGAUCCCCUACGCUCUGCAGUUCUUCUGGCCCUUCCCUGUCUUCAUCACCUGCUGCUUCGCUCCCGAGUCGCCUUGGUGGUUGACGAGGCACGGCAAGGACGAGCAGGCCUUCAAGUCGAUCGACCGCUUGCUCAGCAAGGACGGCAUUUCCCAGGCCGACUCGGACGAGCUGGUCAAGGACUACCAAGCCAUGAUCCAGUACACCGAAGCCAUGGAGGCCAUCAACGAAAGGGAGAGCUCGCUGCAAAAGAACAACCGCUACAUCGACUGCUUCAAGGGCGUCGACCGUCGUCGUACCGAGAUUGCCUGCUGGGCUUGGCUCAUCCAGAUCACCUCCGGUGCGCCGCUGCAGGGUUUCUCGACCUACUUCUUCUCGCAGGCCGGUCUGUCGACCAUCAAUGCGUUCAACAUGUCGAUGGCCAUGUACGCUCUCGGCGCGGUGGGCACUAUCCUCUCAUGGUUCCUGGUCAACCGUGUUGGUCGCCGCCAAAUGUACCUCUGGGGCCAAUCCGUCAUGUUCUCCACCAUGCUCGUCACUGGCUGCCUUGGUUUCGCCAAGCAGACCACCGCCGUCUCGUGGGCCAUCGGCGCAAUGCUCUUGCUCUGCACCUUCGUCUACGAUUUGACCGUCGGACCUAUUUGCUUUGCCAUCAUUGCAGAGGUCUCGUCCACGCGUCUGCGAAGCAAGACCAUCGUGCUCGCCUGCAACACGUACAAUCUGGCCCUCAUCGUCGCCAACAUCCUCCAGCCGCAGAUGCUCAACUCCAACACGUGGAACCUAGGCCCUAAGACGGCGUUCCUGUGGGCCGUAACGGGUGCCUUCUCCCUCGUUUGGACCUACUUCCGCCUUCCAGAGCUGGCCAACAGGACCUACGGAGAGCUCGAGGUGCUGUUCGCCGCCAAGGUGCCCGCCCGCAAGUUUGCCACCACCACCAUCGACCAGUUCCAGACGAUCGAGCACGAGGUGCAGUCGGCCGAUAUGGAGAAGUCGAGCGUCUCGGAGAAGGGAGAAGCUGUGGACGGUGUCGAGGUGGCUGCUCUCUCCAAGUGA